AUGGAUAUUAUAUUAGGGAUUAAGGUAUCUGAUGCCACUAUAAUUGCCACAUCUAAAGCAGCCACAAGAGGUAUUUCAGUUUUGAAAGAUACAGAUGAUAAAACAAGACACUUGAAUGCCCACAAUUUAAUAGCAUACACUGGUGAGGCCGGUGAUACUGUGCAAUUUGCCGAAUAUGUUCAAGCAAACAUUCAAUUGUACUCGAUGAGAGAAAACGAUAUCGAAUUGUCACCAAAGGCAACUGCAUCUUUUGUCAGAACUCAAUUGGCCACAUCCCUCAGAUCAAGAAAACCAUAUCAAGUUAAUUGUUUAAUUGGUGGUUAUGAUGUUAAAACCAACAAACCUUCAUUAAAUUGGAUAGAUUACUUAGGUACCCAGGUUGAACUUCCUUAUGGUGCCCACGGUUAUGCUGCAUUUUAUACCACAUCUUUGUUGGACAAACAUUAUCGAAAAGAAAUGACCGUUGAAGAAGGAUUGAAGUUGAUGGACAUGUGUGUUGAAGAAUUGCAAAGAAGAAUGCCAAUUGAUUUCAAAGGGGUAUAUAUCAAAGUUGUUGACAAAGAUGGUAUAAGACAACUUGAAUAG